CGGGCACGGGCAGAAGAUUGCGACUUGUUAUCUUUGGUAAAAGGUCAUGAUCUUGAGAUGACACCAUUCUCGAUCCGCUGAUGUGGGAGUUCGCGGCUGGUUUUCGCGGUCGUGAUCCCAAAGUCGCGGCCACGAUCUCGUCUCGCAGUCUGGGAAGUGAAGGCUCACAAGUCGAUUAUCAAAAGUUUCUGUCUUUCUUUGAUGACAGCUUCUCCAAGUUCACGGUUGCAUCCGUAAAGAUUGUGGGCGUGAAAUUUGGCUUGAGGCCGCGAUCUUUCUUAUGGACUUUGCGGUCUCCAUUAUCCCAUUCGUGAUCUCCGUUUUGGCCCCAAUUUCCUGCACUUGUGAUCCAUUUUCGUACCUAAAAUGUUUGUAUCAAGCAUAUGGACUGUUUCUGCCUGUCAGAGCAGCUCCUGGGCUUGGAGACGUAUUCUCAAGAUACGCCCUCUAAUCCAACCUUUACUUUUGGUAAGUAACACUCAAAUUCUUUGGGACAAUAAACCUAUGCCUGUGUUUAAAGUUUCUGUAGUUUGGAACACCUUGCGAAUCAAGUAUGAGGUGGUGGACUGGGCAAAGCUUAUUUGGGGGGAAGAAUUAUAUUCCCAGAAACAACUUUCUGGCCUGGAUGAUCAUGUUGGAUUGUAUUGUCACUACACAGAAGCUGAUGUAGUGGGGCAAGCAGACUGAUGGGUUGUGUGUGUUGUGUGGUAAUGAAGUAGAAACUAGAGAGCACUUAUUCUUUGCAUGUGGUUUUUCUCGUCGAGUUGUUAUGACACUGCAAAUGGGGGGAUUCUGUUGUAGCUCCUGGGAAGCUACUGUUGUUGCAAGUAUUGCCAGUUGCAGGAGGCCGAAGCUGGAGAGAGUGACCAGUUUGAUCUGGUGCUUAUGCUGUGCUGAGAUUUGGAAGGAAAGAUGCCGGCGAGUUUAUGGUAAUGCAAGGAAAACAAUAGAGGACUUAGUUCGGGAAGUUACUGUUGAAUUGCGGAUUAUUUGUAAUGAUAAUGAACUCUUACUUGAAGGUCUGCAGCUGCUUGGAUUGCAGGGGAGUGAGUAGGGGAUAGGUAGCUGCUGGUAGUUUUUGUGGGGUACGUGGCAGGGGGUAGAGUUUUUUUCUCCUUCUGCUUUUUAGGGACCCAAUUACUCGCCCGGGCUGCUGACUAAACCCGGCCGAGAACUUUGACAUCAUCAUCACCUUACUGAAGGUGCAUUAAAAAAUUUUAAUUGCAGCAGCGGUCUGUGGACAUUCGUCAGUUGCUGUUCCCUCCUUCCCCUUUCCCUCAAAAAACAACAAACUUGGCUCUCUCUCCCUCUGCAAAUCUCUGCUUCCAUUCCGCCUCCCAGAGACCCUCCCACUUUCAAACGGUAACAUUCACUCCAAUCCCAAAUAUCUUUCUAUUUUCGAAACGAAACAUCGCACUUCGCUCCCCGUAUCCUCUGUUCAGUUUUCGCUCCCAAAUCGCCCUCCUUCAAAUUUCCCGGCCCUUCUAGACUCUAGAGAUCACACCACUGCUGAUUCAGUCAUGCCUCCCAACUCUUUCUCUUCCCUGCUUCUCACUGUCCUUCUGGGACUCUUCCUUCCGCCCCGUCUGUGGGCACAGCAGAAGGGGAUUGGCCCUAGGGAUCUAUGGUGCGUCGCCAAGAACAACGCGGCCGACGCCGCUCUGCAGUCGGCCAUCGACUGGGCCUGCAGCGCCGGCGGCGCCAAUUGUGCUCCCAUUCAGCAAGGCGGGCCGUGCUACGACGCCGGAGACAUCCAGAGGACGGCUUCCUGGGCUUUCAACGACUACUACUUGAAGAAUGGCAUGACCGACGAUGCCUGCGACUUCACCAACACCGCGGCCGUCACUUCAUUAAACCCUAGUCAUGGCAGUUGCAAGUUCCCAUCAAGCUCCGGAGUGAAGAAUGGGAGUGCUUCUUCAACUGCUACAGCGGUAGGAACGGGGCCGGCGGACAGUGCAGAUAUGAGCAGCUGCAACCGCAUUGCAGCAACAGCAGCAGGUAGCACAUGGUUUUGGGGAUUGUUGGCCGGAUGUUUGAUUCUCCUGUUGUUUAGAUAGGAGAGAAAGAGAUUGGUAAUUGGCAGAAUCACAUGGUUUUAUUAUUAGCGCAUCUGAAGUUAACAUUAUGGGUUGGCAAUGCAUUUUCGCUCAAGGUUUAUUUGGAUUAGAGAAAGAUAAGAAGAGAAGAGACGAUCUUUAAGCGUACAGUGAUAGCUGAUCUGCAAGAAGCUCGUGCUACUGUGGAAUUGAACAUAUCAUCAUCUCAUGUUGCAGCUUGUUUGUUUUUAAUGCAGCUUAGGUGGACUCUCUUUUUGGCCUUUGAAUGAUGAACAUAGCAUUAGAAUUUCUUUUCUUCGAUUGAAUCGGUUUCGCAGUAAGCUUAAAUGUGAGUACGCAAACACGUACUCAAUGUUUCCAAAACAAUAUAGGGCGGAAUUCCAA